AUUUUUUUUGGAAAAUAUAUUGUGGUUGUAAGAUAAAGAUGGAUAACAAUAGAUACUAUGGUGGUCAAAAUCAAAGUAAAUACCAGCCAAGCACAAUUAAACGAAAAUAUGAAAAUGAUGGCAACGGCACAAGAAAUGGCAGUACCAAGAAGCAACGAAUGGAAUUUCAAAAUUUCAAUGCAACAUUUAUGGCUGGUGUAAACGGUGUACAUCUAGUAACAGAUCAGCCUCGACUUGGUGAACUACAAGAGACCAUUCGAAAAAUGUGCAAUUUUGAACGGAACGGAUUUCCUGGCUCCCAACCCGUUUCAAUGGACAUACAAAAUUUACAACUAUUAUCCACAAAACCGUAUCGUGUAUCAUGGAAAGCAGAUGGAACACGUUACAUGAUGUUGAUUCGCAAAAAAGAUGAAAUUUACUUCUUUGAUCGUAACAAUGCUUGUUUUCAAGUAUUUGGCAUCCAGUUUCCGUGUUGGGAGGACCUAAAUACCCAUAUCUAUGACACGCUCAUCGAUGGUGAAAUGGUCAUCGACAAAGUGGAAGGUCAAAGCUUUCCACAGUAUUUGGUGUACGAUGUCGUAUGUUACAACGGAAACAGUUACAUGGAAUAUGAAUUCUAUUCGGAAGAAUUAUUCAGCCGAGAGCAAUGCAUCAAAGAAUAUAUCAUCGAUCCCCGCUAUGAAGCAAUGAAACGUGGUUUAAUAAAUAAAAUGAGUGAACCGUUCAGUGUGCGCAAUAAAGAUUUUUGGGAUGUGGCACUAGCGAAAAAACUAAUCGAACCAAAAUUCACAAAAAAUCUGGGCCACGAACCAGAUGGUCUUGUCUUUCAGCCAUCAGCCGAUCCGUAUAUUCCCGGCCAAUGUUUUGAUGUACUGAAAUGGAAGCCAUUAAAUAUGAAUUCGGUUGAUUUCAAACUGAAAAUUCACACAGAAAGUGCUGGCAUCGUAACCAGAAAAGUCGGAUAUUUGUAUGUCGGUCGAUUACAAAAACCAUUUGCAACGAUCAAAUUAUCAAAAGAUCUUAAUAAGUACGAUAAUAAAAUCAUCGAAUGCAAAUUUGAGAAUAAUGAGUGGGUUUUCAUGCGUGAAAGAACGGACAAAUCGUAUCCAAAUAGUUUCAACACGGCUCGCGCUAUAUGUGAGAGCAUUAGAACACCGGUGACCACAAACAUUUUGGAAGAAUACAUUGAAAGCAGACGAUUCCAAUAGAACAUCAAGCUACAAAAAGAAGCAUAGAC